GGAGGGCGGAGGGACGCGGCCGCGCUUCCGGCCUCCAUUUUACGCGGACGGCGGCGGCCGGAGGUCGAGGCGGUGCCGCGGGCGGAGGGGUUCGGUGUGGGCGGGCGCGUUCCGGUGCCGGGGUUCACCUGCUCUCCUUCCCUUACCCGUGGGUGCGGGCGCAGCGGGAGGGCGGCGGCGGCGGGGGGGUGAGGGCGAGCCCGUUGUCGCCGCGGUUACCGGGGGGGUUGCUGCGGGAGGUGCUGAGCCGCCCCUCUCUCUGCUUGGCGGGCAGACCUCGGCCGGUGCCGCCGCCGUGCGAGCGCCAGGACGGGGAUGGGCGCCCGCAGCCUCUCCGGGAAGUUCGCCCCCGGCCGCUGAAACCCCCCCACCCCCGGAGCGCCCAAAGGUUCGAGCGGGUUCGUGUGCCCGGUUCUCCUCAGCAUGGACCAAAGCGUCGUGGAUCACCCGGUGACCCUCAUCAUCAAGGCCCCCAACCAGAAAUACACCGACCAGACCAUUAACUGCUUUCUGGACUGGACUGUGGGCAAGCUGAAGUCUCACCUCUCCAAAGUGUACCCCAGUAAGCCGUCUACAAAGGAUCAGAGACUGGUGUAUUCUGGCAGACUGCUUCCUGAUCAUCUGCAGCUGAAAGAUGUUCUCAGAAAACAAGAUGAAUAUCAUAUGGUUCAUCUGGUAUGUACUUCCCGGACACCCCCAAGUUCUCCAAAACCCACCACCAGUAGAGAAGGUCACGGAGCUUCAGCCUCCAGCAGUAGCUCAAAUUCAGACCGUUCUGGAUCAGCUGCUGCCUCACCCACAAACCAAGAAGCUUCAUCUACAUCUUUGAACGCUAGUGCAGAUGGAGUGAGGCAUCGUAAUCUUCCACAAGCACAAAGCAAUCCCACACUAAGCCACCAGUUCCCUUAUUUAAUGCAAGGCAAUAUAGGCAACCAGUUUCCAGGCCAAAGUGUUCCUGCUGGAUUUUCUAUGUAUCCUGCAUUCAGUCCCUUACAGAUGAUCUGGUGGCAACAAAUGUAUGCACGGCAAUACUACAUGCAAUACCAAGCUGCUGUUUCAGCCCAAGUGACUUCCAGCACUGAGCCAGUGAGGUCUGCAGUUGCCCAGGCUGUCAAUUCAGAACAAGCUCCUGCAAAUGAGCCUGCAGCAGUGCCAAAUGUAGCUGUCCAGGACAACAGGCCUGUAAACCCAAAUGUUCAGAUGAAUGCACAGGGUGGCCCAGUAGUGAAUGAGGAGGACUUCAACCGGGACUGGCUGGACUGGAUGUACACGUUCUCCAGAGCAGCAAUUCUUCUGAGCAUUGUAUACUUCUAUUCUUCCUUCAGUCGAUUUGUCAUGGUAAUGGGAGCCAUGCUGCUGGUUUAUUUACACCAAGCUGGAUGGUUCCCCUUUAGGCAAGAGGGAGGCCAACAGCAGGCAGCCAAUAACGUGGAUGUGAAUCGUGAUGGGCAACAUGCAAAUAAUCCUGAUCUUGAAGAGAUGGAACGACUUAUGGAUGAUGGGAUUGAUGAAGACAGUGGAGAAGAUGCAGGUGAAGAUGCCAAUACAGAGCAGCAGCCUGGGUUCAUGGCUUCUGCUUGGUCCUUUAUCACAACCUUCUUCACAUCACUCAUCCCUGAAGGGCCUCCACAGGUUGGCAAUUAAAGAGGAAAAGGAACUGCGUUGGGCAGCCUCAGUAGCCACACGUAGAAGUGGAGCAGGUUCUAGAGAGCGUUUUAAAUACAGUGCAAUUUCUGAACAUUUAUAAUGUUAUCUUUCUGAUCACGGUGUACAAAAAUGUGUGUGUGUGUUUUGUUUUCUUUUGGCUUUCUGAUGCAUUGAAUACUUUAAGCACAAGUGGACUACUAAAUGCUUUCUUUUAAGAUUCUUCUUUUUCUGAAGAAUAAAAUGUAAAGAUACUGGUCUUCCAUGUUUUAUUUUAAUUUCAAAUGUGUAUUAUACUGAGGCAAAAAGCUUGUACUUAAUCUGCACCAUUACCUCUUUAAAGAGCUGUUAAAAACAUGAAUGUCGACGGAACUUCCAAGUGCUCUCUAUUCAUCUGAAUAAUGUAUGUUGUGAUCUUGGGUUAGCUUUAUGCAGGGUGUGAAUUCUCACCUGGGAUUUGGAGUUGAUAUAAUUCCUGAAAGAAUGCUGUAAACACAAGGAUUACUUGUUAAUGGCAUGUUGUCUCCAUGCCACAAAAUACUAAGCCUCUUCUCAUACAUUUAGAAAGCUAAAAGCUUUUUCUUGAGGCUCUUCCGAAGUUCAUCAAAGUUGGAGAUGUUUGACAGCUCUUCAAAGACAAUUGACAGUGAUGGGAUAAACCUUAAAUGUUUGAUACAUACAGUACUUUUUAAGGAAAAUAUAGCUGUACUGGGGAAAAAAACAUGUACAUUAGGGUUUUUUAAUAAAAACUGUUAUGGUAACUCUUUUGGAUGUUUAUAUGCAUAUUUGAAUGCAAACGACUAAGUAGUGCAUCAUUAAGGAUGAGCAUAUUGAUUUGAGAGUGGAAUAAAGAUAUCAUGGUGGCAUUACUAA